ACUAUUAAAUAAAAGGAAAAAGAAUAGUUGAUUGAUUAAUUUUAUUUUAACCCAAUUCUGCGGCAAAAGAAUAAAAUAAAACAAAAUCCCAAUUCACUUCAUGAAAUCCUAUUCUUUAGUUUUUACUCUAUUGAAAGGGAAGGGGGUUUAGAUUUUAUUUUUAUAAUUAAAAAACUCCAGAUCGAAAUGACAGAGCUUUCCAAUGAAAACAGGUAGGCAAGUCGAGAGUAUUUUUUUUUUAUUUUAUUUUUUCUUUUUUGAACAAGGCAAGUGAUGAGUAUUGAUUUCCGAUAAAAAUAGAAAAAGGAGGGUUCUUUUACUAAUAAAUUAUUAUUUUACUAAAUACCAUUGAUCUAGAAUAGAAAGGAUUCUAGGGUUAGGGCUUGACUCUCUGAAUUUGGGAGAUCUACAUAGCCAGAGUCAACAAGAGAUGUCGACGACAGCUUUCUCCGGUGGCUAUGGCACCAUGCCCACCACCACCAAGACCGGCCACGGCCAAGCAUCAUCAUCAUCAUCGACCUCUUCCGAUCUCUCAUUCAUCUCCAGAGCGAAGCAGACAACUCAGUCCGUCAUCGCCACGCUCCGCCCCUGGCGUGAGCUCUUCCAAUUCUCCUCAUUCUCUCGUCCUGAAAACUACAACGCCGCCAUGGAACGUGUCAGAUGGAAUAUCAGCUAUUUCAGGAUCAAUUACGCCUUGGCCGUUCUUAUAAUCGUCUUCCUCGGCCUACUGUGGCACCCUGUUUCCAUGAUCGUCUUCUUGAUAGUCUUCGUUGGGUGGUUCUUCCUCUAUUUCUUCAACGACGGUCCGGUUGUGGUGUACGGUUAUACGAUCAAUGACAAAACUGUGUUGGCACUUCUGAGCUUGGUGACGAUUCUUGCUCUUGUGUUCACUCACGUGGGUUUCAACUUAUUAAUGUCGUUGAUUAUUGGGGCUGUUUUAGUUGGUUUACAUGCUGCGUUUCGAGUCACGGAGGACUUGUAUCUCGCUGAUGAAAGCGCCGCCGAAGGUGGGUUGUUAUCGGUCGUCGGAAGCCAACCAUUGCGAUCGAGUUAUGCUCCAAUUUGAAUCACUUUUAUCGGUUCUUAUGCUUUCAGAAGUCAGAGUGUAGAAGAUGAUAAUUCAAUCCAAAUUCCAAAACCCCAUCAGUGAAUGAAACUAAAUCUUGUGUAUUGACACUUCAAGCUUGGUGAUCAUAUUUGAUUUGAUGUAUUAUAUGAUAUUUGUUCUUUCCAGAUUAUUUCAAUCAAUUGUUGAGACAGGCAGUGUUUGAAUCUUUGUUCAUAACGGUUUGCUGUUCAUUUAAGAUUUUCGAUUCAAUCA